GUAGGAAGUAAUGACGCUUCAGGUGUAAACAGGUAAUACACGAGGGGGUAAGAAGAGAUGGAAGGAAGUGAUGAGGAAAAAACAACUAAUAAAACUGACGAAAAACAGGAGGAUGCUGAAAAGGACUUCGAGGACAUCCAACUCGAUAUCGACACAGACGUAGCCAAAUACAGCCACGAAAAAGAGAGUCCUAGACCGAGAGAAAACGGAAAACAUCCAGAAAAUGUUAUCACCGACCAACCCAUUGACGCAACGCCUCCGCCAUCUUACGCCAAUGACGUCACAGUUCAUGGCCUUGACCCUCCUGUGGUCCGACAAGGACCCUUGAAACCAAAGCCGAAGGACUUUGUGGUGACGUCAUGUUUUGUCAUUCUUUGCUGCAAUUUUAUAUUCGGACUUUUAGGAUAUCAUUUUGGAGUCAAAGCUAAUCACGCAUGGCAGCUGGGAGACGAGCAUUCCUCACGAAAACGUGCCAAACUUGCUAUGAUCUUCGUGAUCUUGGGUAUCAUCGCGGGAAUUUCCACGUACGUGUUAGCGCUCACGCUGUACUUCACGCUGAAUAAGGAUGAACCCGUGAGCUACCAUCACUCAAACACGCAAGCAGGAUGAUUGUUUCUCAUAACUUAUAUAUAUUUAUACACCAUUGUUGAAUGAUGAAAAAACAGAAUCAGGUCCAAGAUCUACAUACAUGUAUAUGAAGAAAUAAGAGAGAGAGUAGAGUUUCGUGGACUCCCUCAAUCUGGUCAAAAGAAGGGGCAUUCUAACAUUAUUAAUUACACAAGCGAGUCGCUUUGUAGAACAAUAAUUUUAAAUUUUGAUUUAGAUCUAAUUCAUUUUAUCCAAGACUGUUACGUUGGACUGUUCGUGUCUGACAGCAGUUUGAUGUGGCAUGUUUUUCAUUAUUAACAACAUUGCUUUGGUUAUAAAUUAGUGAAUAUUUCAUUUAAGACCAGUGUUGAUUUCCAUUUGUUUGUUUUGGUGCGUGAACUAGAUUGCUAUGUCACAUCAAAAGUAUUGUUUAAACCUUUCUAUUAGGGAAUCAAAAACAUGUACACGUAUCUAGAGGGAAAGGUUUGUGAAUGUUUUAUAUAAUUGUCAUCGAAGUUUGAAAAUGCAUUGCAGUAUUUUUGAGAAAUUUCCUGAAUUCUAACACAGAUUUUCUAAAGAAGAUUCGAAUUUUUAAUAAGUUGGAAUUGUAAUACAUCAUUUGUUUUUGGAUUUUUUUUUAGCUUCAUUCGUCUUUACCAGCAUUUUUCUAUAAGUGAUUUGUAUAAUGUCUAUUUCAUACAUAAAUUAGUCAUUUUUGUCAUAUAUUUAAAUUGUGUAUCAUUGUAUGCAAUUCAUAUGAGGUAUGUUAUAAUAUUUAUAUAUUGUACAAGAAGUCUUUGUGUAGAACCAUUCCAGCAAAUCUACAAUUUAUUUUUUUACGUAUCAAUUUUAGAUGAUUUUACUAAUGUUUGUUUUAAAAUUUUAACGAUUUUAUGUAUAUUGGACAUUGUCUUAAGAGGGAAAGGUAGGGUUCUCUUUGUUCGUUCAUGCGUCUAUGUGCUAGUCCAUUACAUGUAUAACUUAACAAUUUCUUGUUCCAAACUUUCUGGAUUAAUGCAUAUAUGUACCUCUUGACCAUCUUAUUUAAAUAAAAGAUCUUCGAGAGGGCUGGGUGGUGAACAAAUUAACCUUCAGAUCCAUAGAACUUUUAGAAAUGAUAUUUUGAGCUAUUAACUUAACUUAUAUAUAUUAUUGUAAAGUAAAAAUUCUAUAUAUGAGCUUUGAAAUUUAAGAAGUUUUUUUCCAAAAUCAUACAUAGAGCUCUUCUUCCUUAGGAGAUCAAUAUAGUCUAAAAAUGACCACGACUAUCGACCUCUUUUAAAGCCUAAAAAAGAAUUGAAAUUUGACUUGUAUGCAAUCUAGCACUUCCAAAGUGUCGUGAUCUUUAUUCUAGGUCAUAUCUGAAAGAUUAAGGUCAAAGGUCAAACUGUCCAUAUGGUACUCGAUAUCUUUUGUACACUUGACUUAAUUUAUAUCAUAUUGUAUGGGUAGUACUUUUUUACAGCUUGCUUUCGUUUGAAUGUUACAUGGAAUGGCUGUAUGACCCUAUGACCUUUCACCUGUAAGAUGACGAUUGUGUUUGAUUGUGCUUGAAGGUUAUAGUUUAUAUUGAAGGUCAAGGUCACAGAUGUCAUUCACAAGGGAAAGAGCUUGCCUUGUCCAUAUCAUAAAAUAAUCAUGUAUAAGCAAUAAAGCAUAAUCUAUCGUAUCAACGAACAACGGCGUUUUUAAUCUGUCAUCUCAAUAUAAAGAUACAUUUUAAAA